AUGGAUGUUCUAAUAUUAAUCAUGAAACCAGACUAUGUGCUGCAGGCGGUCAGUCCCGUCCAUGGAUUCCUCUUGAUGCCUGGGAAUAUUAAUGGAUCUGCUUUACUUUACUCCGCCCCAAUCCCGACGGAAAGACUGAUAAAUGCUCGACUACCUGUUCUCAUGACAGAGCGCAGCAACGAGGCGGAGCCUCUCAUCCACGGUGGAUGGGUGCCGCCGGACUCGCAUAUACCGCCAGGUCCAUCCACCCCUGAUGAGGCAUCCAAGAGCAGCGCUUACCUCUUCACACUGACCCUAGCCAUGGGAGGCAAAGCGCUGCUUGCCUUUGUCUGGAUUGCAGGGCCCCUUACAGGCACUCUUGUGCAGCCUUACAUUGGCAUCCGAAGUGACAAUUGCCGCAUCUCCUGGGGCAAGCGAAAGCCGUUCAUGGUAUUUGGUGGCGUGCUCUUGGCUAUCUGUCUGCUAGCUCUGGCUUGGGUGCGGGAACUUGUCGGCGGCUUAUUUGGCCUAUUUGGCCUUGAUGCUCAGGCAGCUGAAACCAAAACUGCAGUCAUCGUGGCUGCAACGCUCUUAAUGUACUGCCAAGACUUUGCCAUUAACACUGUCCAAGCAGCUACCCGGGCUUUCAUCGUCGAUAAUGCCCCGGCUCAUCAGCAGGAAGCGGCAAAUGCCUGGGCAAGCCGUCACGUCAGCGCAGGGAACAUCUUUGGCUUCAUCAUUGGCGGGCUGAAUCUGCCGAGGAUUAUCCCAUUCCUCGGGAAUACACAAUUCAAAGGGAUCAGCGUAAUUGCUAGUGUCUCACUAGCAAUCACUCUAUCCAUUGGUUGCGCUUAUAUCAAGGAAAAGGAUCCGCGCAUGGAGCCAUCUUCAUCUGCAAGUCUAGGGUUUGUAUCCCUGCUUCAGUCCAUUAAAGAAUUGGUUCAUCGCCUCCCUUUGCGUAUUCGCCAGGUCUAUAUUAUCCAGGCUGCAGCAUGGUUCGGGUGGUUUUCGUUUUUGUUCUACGCCACCACUUAUAUAGGGCAGUUGUAUGUGAACCCCAUUUUCGAAAGUCAUCAAGAUCUAUCGGAUGAUGAGAUCAACAAGGUAUGGGAGGAUGCUACACGCAUCGGUACUUUGGCUAUGCUCUUGAAUGCGCUAGUGUCUUUUGCAGCGAGUAUCAUCCUGCCAAUGCUAGUGGUUCCUUCAGAGAAACAAGAGGCAGCUGAAGCGAGCACUAGCUCGAGCAGCUUCCGCUUGAAGUUAAGGAUUCCCGGUUUAUCACUACGCCGCGCAUGGCUUCUCUCUCAUUGCCUAUUUGCCAUCUGCAUGUUCAGCACAUUCUUUGUCUCGUCCCCGGGACAAGCAUCGGUAAUGACUGGCAUAAUUGGCAUUGCCUGGGCUGUCACGGCGUGGGCACCAUAUGCCCUGAUCGCAUCUGAGAUCGCACAGGAAGACCCUGGGCGACCGGCACAUCCCGGCGUCGUUCUUGGUCUACAUAAUGUCGCUAUUUCCUUCCCCCAGAUUAUUUCCAGUGCUAUAGGAAGCGUCAUCUUCAAGGCGCUACAGAAGCCACGAGGGCAGCCUUGGGAUACCAGCACAAGCUGGGUCAUGAGACUGGGAGGAUGUGCUGCCAUUCUAGCAGCUUUCUUGACAAUGAGGCUCCAAGAGCAGUCUAGGAGAAAGUAG